AAUGGAAUAUUAAAAAGAGCUUUUAGCACAACACAGUGCCAAAACGAAUGUAACAGGCUAACAGCGGCUGUUUCCGUUUUCUGUUUCCAAAAUGUCAACGUUGUACAACACUCUGAGGAACACAAGAAACACAAUUGCUCCUCGUAUACGUGCUUUUGCUUCUCAAACGAAAACCAACGACACACCAACACAGUUACUCUACCAAUUGAACAAAAAGAUAUCUCAUUUGAUUCGAACCGGUAGACUAACCGACGCGAGGGCAUUGUUUGAUUCCAUUGACCACCGAAACACUGUUACUUGGAACUCCAUGAUCACUGGAUACGUUCAACGGAGAGAGAUAGCUAAGGCACGCCAGUUGUUUGAUGAAAUGCCCCACAAGGAUAUUGUGUCUUGGAACCUAAUUAUAUCGGGUUACUUUUCUUGUCGCGGAAGCCGGUUUGUUGAAGAGGGGAGGAAGCUGUUUGAUCAAAUGCCUCAAAGGGAUUUUGUUUCUUGGAACACUGUCAUUAGUGGGUAUGCUAAGAAUGGAAGAAUGGAUCAAGCUCUUGAGGUUUUUAAGUCGAUGCCACAACGGAAUGUUGUGUCUUGCAAUGCGAUGAUAACUGGGUUUUUGUUGAAUGGUGAGGUGGAUUCGGCUGUUGGUUUUUUUAGGAGUAUGACAGAGCGUGACUCGGCUUCUCUUAGUGGUCUUAUAUCUGGACUUGUUAGGAAUGGUGAGUUGGAUAUGGCUGCUAGGAUUUUGAUUGAGUAUGGGAAUGAGGGUGGUGAGAAAGAUGAUUUGGUGUAUGCUUAUAAUGUCCUGAUUGCAGGGUAUGGCCAGAGAGGAAUGGUUGAAGAGGCGCGGCGUCUUUUUGACGGGGUCAUGUCUGAUCAAGGUGAUGGAAAUAAGGGUCAAGCGAGAUUUAGGAGAAAUGUGGUAUCGUGGAAUUCGAUGAUGAUGUGUUAUGUGAAAGCAGGAGAUGUUGUCUCUGCUAGGGAGCUCUUUGAUAGGAUGUUGGAGCGGGAUGCUUGUUCUUGGAACACCAUGAUCAGUGGUUAUGUUCAAAUAUGUAAUAUGGAAGAGGCUUCGAAGCUUUUCUCGCUAAUGCCGAGUCCUGAUGAACUUUCAUGGAAUUCAAUAAUAUCCGGGUUUGCGCAGAUUGGUGAUUUGACACGUGCGAAAGAGUUCUUUGAGAAGAUGCCCCACAAAAACCUGAUCUCGUGGAACUCGGUAAUAGCUGGUUAUGAGAAAAAUGAAGAGUAUAAGGGUGCUAUUGAGCUAUUUUCUCAGAUGCAGCUUGAAGGAGAGAGACCAGACAGGCACACUUUGUCGUCAGUUCUCAGUGCGUCUACUGGGUUGGUGGAUCUUUACCUUGGUAGGCAGAUUCAUCAGUUUAUCACAAAGACUGUUAUUCCUGAUUUGCCAAUAAAUAAUUCCCUCAUAACCAUGUACUCAAGAUGUGGGACAAUUGGUGAUGCACGCGCUGUGUUUAAUGAGAUGAAACUUUAUAAAGAUGUGAUUACUUGGAAUGCAAUGAUUGGAGGUUAUGCUUUUCACGGUUUUGCUGCUCAGGCUCUAGAGCUUUUCGAACUGAUGAAGAGGCUUAAAAUUCAACCUACCUAUAUAACCUUUAUUUCAGUUUUGAAUGCAUGUGCGCAUGCAGGAUUAGUUGAAGAAGGGAAGAGGCAAUUCAAUUCCAUGAUUAGUGACUAUGGUAUUGAACCGCGGGUUGAGCACUUUGCCUCCCUUGUGGACAUCUUGGGGCGGCAGGGACAGCUUCAAGAGGCUAUGGAUUUGAUUGAUAGCAUGACAAUGAAACCGGAUAAGGCAGUGUGGGGUGCGCUUCUAGGUGCUUGUAGAGUGCAUAAUAAUGUAGAAUUGGCCCAAGUAGCAGCUAAAGCAUUGAUCCGUCUUGAACCAGAAAGUUCAGCUCCUUAUGCAUUGUUAUUUAAUAUAUAUGCUGAUUUAGGGCAGUGGGAUGAUGCUGAGAGAGUGAGAGCAUUGAUGGAAGAAAAUAAUGUCAAGAAGCAAGCAGGAUAUAGUUGGGUAGAUUCUAACAAUUGUUAAAUGAUAGCUUUUCCACUUUUAAAAAACUUCAAUCAUCAAUCAGCAAAGCACGUCAGAUCAUGCUAUUGUUAGAAAUGCUUCUAUUCAACUUAGCUAAGUUGAUAUGGUCAGAUGGAAAAAUUGAUCUUGACUGAUUUAGUGGAUAAUGACAUAAAUGUUAAUUUGACAUGGAAGAAUAGUAUGUCUUCUGGCAAAAAUUUGGAGAUCUUGCCAGUGUCAGCAGCAGCGAGAGACUGCAACCUUGGAUGGCUGCAAGAUUGCUAUGUUAUUACAAGUUCAACUGCUUCUUGAUUAAAUAUUUCUUGGUGUUAUAUGCAUUUGGCGGUAAAUAUAUGAUCUUAUGCAUGGAAUCUUUCAUAAAUUAGACACACAAGUUACUGAUAGAAACUGGUACUAAAUAGAGAAAUAUAAUAGAAAUAACUUACUGUUAUUGAUGAUAGAAUAGACAUGCGAUACGCACAAUCUUGAGAUAAAUAGAAUAAAGAUAAAGGAACUCUGUUACAUCAAAUGGGGGAAAAGUGGGCUAUAUCACCUUUCCUACUAUUCAUUAAUAUAUGAACAGAUUGAUAUCUAUAAUUCAGACAAAAGAAAAAGAGCAUUGUGCUGCAGGUUUCUGGUGAAAACGUGUGAACAAGGAAUGGGGGGAAAUGCAAUCUUUCCAUCAUUUGCACAUCCUUAUGGAUUUCAAGAAGAGAUACAGUUGAGAGCUUCUGCUUGGUUUCCAAACAGUCAAACAAACUGGUGUGGAUUGCAGCAAUGACAUGACAAAAGAUGGAAUAUGUUGCAGAAUUUUAGAUGCCUGUAUGUUUAAUAUUUCUGGGUUCUAAUUAUUAGUUGUAAGGAACACAUAUAUUUAGAUUAUUUAUUGGUUUUGGUUAUUGAUGUAAAGGCCUACUACAACAUAGUAUUAAUGUAUUUAUGACCUGGUACUCACAUAAUAAGCUAGCUACGGUGAAUGAAUUUGGCAUGCUACAGCAGCUUCUGCUUUCCACCUUAUAGAAUCUAAUUUUGGCUUGUUCAAAAUAUAAACACAGCAUAAGAGUGCUAUUGAUGUAAUAACAUGGAAUGCGAUGAUCAGAGGUCAUAUUUAUUGUUUACUUUUCUUGAGUAUUUCUCCUUAUUUCUUGAAAGGGUCAUUAAAUUUGAAUUGUAUACACUGUGCCUGGAAAAUAUUACACUAGAAUCUGCCAAUAGCAUAAUGAACACACCAUAGAAUUGUAUACACUCUUUGCCAGGAAACUAUUACACUAUUAUUUAUAGGCAUGCAUGUGAAUAAAAUGAUAUUGCAGUUAAGAAACAUUAAAUGCAUACAGGGACAAAAGGUCUAACCUGCAAGAAAGUAUUUGAUGAAGCAAGAAGUCCUAAUUUUAGGAAAAUAUGCAACUUGUAAAAGUGCUUGUAUCUACACAAAUCAAAACUACCAACCUUUUUAUCAGUGAAGUUUCAUGAGAUUGGAGAGAUUUUGUUAUUGAAAAUGAAACUAACAGGUCUGCUGUGAGGUUUAUCCAGAGGGCAAGAAUCUUUGUUUGAAAUAGAGACGGAACAGAUCAUAAUUAUGUGAAAAAGUGACUGUUAUGUCAUCGGCAAUUUUAAUAUUUCAAACCAACACUAUUUUGAGAAAAAUGUCUAGUAACUAACUCAAUUUGACAGAGACUACAAGUUUGCACGAAACCUCCGUAAAGCAUAUCCUAAACUGGGAGGUUUUUUUAAUUCAACUGGGAUUUGAUUUGAAGUGCAAUGUGCUGGGACAAAAAAAUUGA